AUGAAGCAUGACUGUGAUGAAUGGCGACAGAUUUUUACCCGGAUCGAUUCUUAUUUUAGGGAUGACAUGGUUCUUGAGGGUACAAACCAUGCUUCCGCUCAGCUUGGAUGGUGCAUCACAGCAGCUUAUGUAGUUGUUAUAUUAUUCGGAGCAUUUGGAAAUAUGCUCACUAUUAUUGCUGUCCUUUACAACCCACAAAUCAGGACAACAAGAAAUUUUUUCAUUCUUAACUUGGCUUUAUCCGAUUUUUUCAUCUGCACUAUCGCAGCUCCAAUCACUUUUUAUACAGUAUUGUAUAUAUUCUGGCCAUUUGGCUUAGCAAUGUGCAAAAUAACCGGUUCUUUACUUGGCUUUGGUAUUUUUUUAUCAACCUUUUCUAUAGCAGCAAUUGCUCUUGAUCGUUGCGUAGUAAUUAUAUUUCCAACAAAACGAAAACGUCAACAUAAUUUGGCUCUAUUAUUAUUUUUCCUGAUAUGGGUCAUUUCAAUCACAUUAGCAUUACCAUUACUGAUAACAUCGGAUUUGAAUACAGUAUUCGAUGAUGAUAAAUGUGGCAUUUCCUUAAAAAUCUGCCACGAGAAGAAUGAAAUUUGGAAUUUGAUGCCUAUAAGUAAACGAGCAUAUACUUUGGCGGUAUUGCUAACACAAUAUGCACUCCCAUUGAUAUCAAUUGUUUUUGCAUAUAGUACCAUUGCCAUGAAAAUGCAAAUUAGAAUGAACAGUCGUCUUGCUUCUUCUACAUUCACCACCAAUGCUAUUAAUAACGAAAGGAGAAAAUCGGUCGCAGGACGACAACGACGUACACACUUAUUGCUUAUAUGCGUCGUGAUUGUUUUUGCCGUCGCGUGGCUACCAUUAAACGUCUUUCAUGUACUUAAUACAUUUGGAAUUGUCGAGUUUUCUGUGCCCUUAUUUGCAAUUUGCCAUUUGAUUGCAAUGGGUUCCGCAUGUUUAAAUCCUGUCUCAUACGCAUUCUUCAAUCAGAACUUCCGUCAACAGUUCAUUAUGUUCUACGAAGCAGCAAUAAGAAAGAAUUUGCAAAUAUUCGGUUGGAUAACGGCGGUAAGGAAUAUGCGUGAUGGAGUGAAAUACAGUCGAUCAGCAAAAUCUGUGAUUACAACUUCGGCUAUUAAUGCACAGCUUGUAGGAAGAGGUGACAAUGACGAGAAAUCAGAGGAGGCAAAAAUUGAUUUGAAUGACCAUUAA